AUGUCAGUAUUUAAAGCUCGUGAACUGUGGUGUUCCACGUGCGACGCUAGGGAAAUUUUCAAGGGGGGGUGUUUGGCCAUCGGGCCGCCGGACGCAUUUAAUCAGAGAGGCGUCACUAUCUUUGUGGCAAGCAUUUCUGGCAUCCUUCGUGUUUUUCUUCUCCAUGGUGAAGGUCACGCGGUCAAUAAUUUAAUCUUGGAAACUGACUUGAAGCUACCUGUGAUACAGAUUGAGUUUGGGUUGUUUGGCGAAGGAGGUGACGAGGCCUCAAUCGUGAUUUUACAUCCUCAUAAACUCGUCAUUUGUACCCUACAAGUUGACGAAGCGGCUGCGCGUGAUAACCUUUUGCACCUGCUGCCACUUAAAAUACACCGAUUUAAAGAGACGGGUGGGCAGAUUUCUGCAUAUAACAUGGUUAUUGGUAGGUUUGGGGGUGCCGCGACCAACCGCAUCUGUGUUCAGUCAUUUGAUGGCAAGCUUAGUUUUUAUGACGGAGAAGUGCUCACUCUCGUUUUUCGCCUCGAGAAUGUUCUCCUUCCAGGACCUCUAGCAUACGCUCAACAAGAUGACGUCUUGUUAAUCGCCAGUUCGUCCUUUGAGCUCAGGUGCUAUCAGUUUACUGAUGUUGCGUCACGGCUCUCUAGGGAUUCCUGUCAAGCUGGUUUUGACACAACACGAGGAGAAUUUGUUGUGCGGCAACAUUGGAGACUAUGCAUUGGCGAGCCAGUUUUGCAAAUCUUACCCGUUUCGAACAAUUCAGCAGACACUCGUGAAUCUGCUCGAGGCAAGCAGAGUUUUGAUAUCAAUCCAUGUAACGACGUAAUAGUGCUCGCUGAAAAGUCAAUCUUCGUUGUGUCUAUAAGCGGCGCACUCAAGACGCAGAGGCGACUUGACUUUGUCCCCACCGCUUGUCGCGUACUCAGUCUUUCACUUGGGGGGAGCAUCGGCCAUUUCGGCGUGGUGGUGGCUGAUUCUACAGGAUCAAUAAUGGUGUUCCGGGACUCACAACUAUUGUGGACAUCAAAGCUUCCGGUCAAACCUGUGGAUCUGAUUGUUUCAUACUUUCCGGAUACUUUUGGUCAUAUCAUUGCACUCGGUAGGGAUGCUGUGCUGAGCAUUAGUUGUUUGGGUACAUUGCCGCAUGAUACCUCAAUUCGAGGUCAUGAGCGAAAUGAGGUCAGCUAUCAGAUGAUUGACAAGGAAUACGGGGAGUUAUGUAGCGACCCCUUUAAAAGAUCUUCCGAUGCAUUUGCCACCCGCGCUCAACAAGUGGAGAUCAGCGUCCGCUUCCAAAAAAAUACCGCAUACGACGUAAGCGAGCCAACGGAAACUCAUUAUGAAAGUUUCUUCGCAAGCUCUAAUGUGUUGACAUUACAAGUUUCUGUACUCUACUCUGGAUCAGGAACUUUGGACGAUGUCGGCGUUAGCAUUGUUCUGCCACAUCCAGUUGUAGCUGCUCGCAGCACCUAUGUGAUUCCAUCUCUCCGUGGCGGAACUCCAGAAAUCAUAUGCAUUCAUUUACGUGCUUGCGGGAUACGAUCACGUGCAUCUAUUCCUGCAAGUAACGUUGCCGUGAUCAUGGCAAGUUAUUGUACGCACACAAUUGAGAACAGUAUAUCCACUCAGGAGGUGCAGUUACCUCUGUCUCUGUUUUGUGUUGUCGCCCUUCCGAUGAAGACCGCUAAACAUAAAAUCACAAUAGAGAUCAACCGGUCGCUGCCUUGCCUGAUGGAUCUGUUCAAGGACAUGAUCCCGAUACCCCAAAUGGAUGAUGUGAUGACCACAACUGGGAAUGCUUUGGGAUUUCAGUUCCAUAAUGGCGUCAAUGUCACAAUUGUCACAAGCAAAACGGCUGGCAGGUUUCGUAUACAGUCGUCCGAUUUCAACGCAAUUUGGCUGCUCCUUUCUGAGUUCAUUUAUCGUCUAUGGGCACAUGUCGAUUUACAGACUACAAGCUCCAGCAUGGACGCACCUUUAAAGAUUUCAUUGCAAGAACCACUGCCUCUUCAGAAUUUAUUUGAAAUAAUUGAAGAGUAUUACUCCACCAAGCUCGAGUGUGACAUGGAUAACAUCAAUAUAUCAAGUUAUGCUCAUAGUUUUCGAGCGGUCCAAAAACAGUUGCUCUUCUGGCUCAAAAGUAAAUAUCCAGUGUCAGUAUCUCACCUCGGCGAUCUCCUCGAUAUGAUCGUUCCUUCUUUCGAUGCAGUCAGCGAAAACAUCAGAAAACGUGAGAAAGGUUUUUCGUUGGUGCGACAAAGACUAGCUGCUGCUAUUCAACUAUUGAUGAACUUGGUUCAACAUCGAUUCGAUAUGGAUGUGGAUCAACUCCGUGUUCUCCGAUCUCACAUUCCAACGGUUAGCCACGUCUCUCUAGAUCACGGUUGGGACAACUGGACAGAGGCAGCUAUUUCAAUGCUACUCAGUAAUAGGCUUUUGAAAAACGGUGCGACCAAAACAAUGGAUAGUUCCCUUUUCAAGUCAGAAGCAGAGCAGGGUAGUGUCGCCAGAGGAAGGAAAAAUGCGGGCAAAAUAAAGAAAAGUCUCUUUGCAGUAUUUGAGCUACUGCGAAGAAGUUCGCUUCAAUAGAUGUGGAAGAAAAAAACUCAGCCUACCAAGCAAAAAGCUGGCUCCGAGAUGAAAAUCGAUACCGAACUUGACCAACCUCUACUGAAUUGCCACUUGGUCUCCUAUAUGAUGACACUACUCCUGAACUAGUUCAAUGCUAACGCACGCGAUUUCGGGGUGCAAUUAUUGACGUUUUCAAAAAUCAAAUCACGCUAUAAUUUAGAGGUGCUCAAAGAAUCUACGAAGCGAACUUGAGCAACAUGCAAAAUUUGAAAAAACGCAAAACAAGACACCCAAUUUGGCGUGAUUAGCGUCCAUUAGAGAAGAAGAUCGCCCUCUGGGUAGGUGUCGAGGAAUAAUAGUUCAGAGUAGCUUGCAAGAGUCCAGAGUGAGGGAGGGCAUAACCCCUCAGCUUCA